UUUUUACAUUUAUUAUUUCUCUGAAAAUCUUUUUUUUAAUCUUGUAUCGAAAUCACUGAGCAACCUUACUCACUUAAACCUACUGUUUUUAGAGAGUUUCUGUUUGGAGAUGACUCCUGGUGACCCUCAUAAAAGAAAACGCAUGACUACUUCAUCACUCUGACUAUAAAAAGAGUGGGAACAGGAGUGCAGUGUAAGCAGCGCCAGUGUCCAGAGUCCAGAGUGUCAAGAGUGUGUGUGUGUUUCAGAGAUGGUAAUGCAUGCACCGGACCUGGGGAUCAAACUGACGGUUUACUCCCAGGAGAUCUGAAACUCGUACACACAUGGCCAGGAUGCCUUCCACAAGCACAGUCAAGCUGAUCGUGUACGAGGUGCUGCAGUUCGCCUUUCUCUGUGUGCCCAUCUUUGUGGUCCUGGAGCGCUUCGCCUCCCUCAUGAGGGCUGUCAGAUCCGGCGACACCACGGCCUACUGGCUGGUGGUGGCAGUGUCCAUAGCAUACGUGACCACUGUGACCCUGUUCGUGUGGGCCCCACUGAAGUUCUUCAUCCUGAAGUCCAGGCGCUUCUUCACAGACAUUACCAACUGGCGGCCUGUGACACUUGCGUAUGUUCUUCUCAGCACAUUACCGUGUUUUGCCAUUCUCCUGGCCAGCUCUAAGGUUCAGGUAGACACAGGGAACUUCUUUGACGUCUUCACUGAGCUCCCCGUCUCACUGGUGCUGUUUGCCCUCAUCUGUGUGGAUAUCGUGGAAAGAAUUCGUCCAUAUCGCCUCAGAGGACAAGCUGAUGGUUUGGACUCAGACUUUGAGCUGUCUGGGCCUGUGCUGACUCACCUGGAGCAGGUGUCCUCUGUGUCGGCGCAGCUGCCGCAGGUGAACGGAGGUGAGAACGGCGCAGCGGUGAGUCCGGAGGUCAGGAGCAUGUCAGCGUCAGGACGCUGGAGAGCCAUGGAUGGAUACAACAUGUCCCGAACCUCCAGCACGGCCUACCUGUACUCCUCUCGCUCUCACUCGGGGUCUCCUCGGAUCUUCUGGGCCAGAGACCCUCGGCAUGAACUCUUUCUGGACACCUUCCUGUUCUGGCUGGACACGGUGGAGAUGGUCAGGGUGGGUGGGGUUAGGGAAGUCUUCUACUCGGCUUGGAUCUUCCCGGUUUACAUCCUGGCCUUUAUCUCCACGCUUCGUGUGGUGGUAGCUCCUAACAGUCCUCUGCUGGCUUCACUGGGGGUCCUUUCCCAGGACCUUCCCUUCCUGGUUGUGAGGAUCAGCCUGGUUGUGGUCUUUGGUUACGUGACGCCGCUGCUCUAUGUGAUGAAGAACCUGCUGGUCUGCCUCACAUUUGUGUACUUUAUGCUCCUGACGAAGCUGAAGGUGUUCAGCAGAGGGAGCAUGUUCUGAAGCCUGGGAGAAGCUUGGUUAUGAGCUGCCUCUUUAUGAGGGGAAGCCUGAGAUGGAUUAUAACGACGUGAAGGAUUAUAGCAGUUAUGAGCACUGAAAACACUAUUUCUCUUCCAUUAUAUAUAUAAAAGAAAGGAGAUAAGCAAGCACUCAAGAGAUGGAAGUCCAUAUGUGCCUCAUGGAGUCACACCAGAAGAUACCAUUGGGGAUUCCAUUAGAUUAGUCCCUGUAUGUAAGCCCACACUUUUUGCUUUAAUAACAUUAUACUUUAUACUUUACUUUUAUAUAUUCCUGUCAUUAUUAACAUCAGUUUCAUAGUACCCACAAUAGAUGUUUGUAAAAAAAAAAAAAAAAAAAAAAAGAUAUGCUAUAUUAGAUCAGUAGUUUCUGUAUCAGAAUUAAUUAGAACUGAAAAAUAACCAUAGAACCUUUUUACAAACUGAAUAGUGCAAAACAAACUUGACUAUAUAGACUGCUGUUUCCUACAUUUAUAUCAAUUUGUGCUCAUGUUUAGUCGUUAACAAGACAAUUUGUACAAUUCGUUUUUUUUUUUUCAUUUUUCUUCCUUAAUUUAGCUAUGCCGAUAAUCCCACCCACACUUUUUAUUUUGCUGUACUCCCCCCUAUUACUAUCAAUGCCCCAACUCCAGGAGAGUGAAGACUAGCACAUGCCUCCUCCGAUACAUUUUCGAACUGCUGCUGAUGCAGCAUUACUGAGUAGCAUCACAGCGCGCUCUGAGACAAGCGCAGCAACUCGAUUCCGAUACAUCAGCUCACAGACAGCUUGUGCUGAUCAACAUCACCUUAGGAGUGAUGAGGGGAAAAAGAGAGCACCAUCUACCCACCCAGAGAGAGCAAGGACAAUUGUGCUCUCUCAGGAAUCCGGCAUGCAAUGGCAAGCUGCAUGACUGGUAUUCAAACCAGUGAUUUCCUGAUCAUAGCGCCUUUGUCUGCUAGACCACCCAGAACCCCCCUAUUUAUUUAUUUUUAAUGAUUAAUUAUUGAAUAUAAACAGCAUUUAAAAAAAAGUUAACAUUAAUACAUGCCCUAUAAAAACGAAAAAGCUGAGAAAACCCAAUUUUUAAAUUUUUGAGUUUUGAGGCCAACUCAAGCUUUAAGGUUUUAAAGAAAAACACCACCAGGAGUUGUGCCAACAAGAAAUCAUUAGUUCACAUAAUUCAUGUUUCAUAAAGUUUUAUUCUCACCAACUUUAUUUUUUUGUUAAUUACAUAUCUGUUUUAUUGUCUGUCACAUAAGCUUUCACUAAUGCACAUGUGACCGGCUGGACCCAGCCAGCAUACAGUUACACUCAACAACACAAAACAUAGUAACUUGCUCUUGUAGCCUUUAACAUCGAGGCCAGGCAGUUCACUAUUAUAUAACACAUAUAUAAAUCCCCAGAGAAAGCAGCAGCCUGUGGGGAAUGACUACACACUGAUGGUAAGUGUGAGAGGUGUGAGGACACGCCCAAUAUGCAAAUGGCGUGACCGACAUCAAGUGAAAACCCCUGCAGAAUUGCUCAGUAGACCUUGUUCAGGUAAAGAGUCAAACUGAGCAUGUGCAGUAGUGCAGAGUAGUGCAGUAGUAGUUGGUUUGGCCUCAACUAGGGUUCAGCUACAAUUUGUACAUUUUGCAACACAGAUUAUUUAUAUAGGCCAACUUUUAACAAGAAACCAAUACUGUUAGUUGAUAUAGGUUAGUGGUUACAGUGUAAUUAAAUAUAUUUUGGUAUAUUUUGGCUGACUUAAAAUAUCCAUUAAGGAGAACCAUUUUAAGUUUUAUUUUGUACAGUGUUUAUUUACUCUGUUAUUUUUGAGCUGUGUUUUCUGUAAUGGCAUAUAAAUAAUCUAACAUUUUGGAAACCUGUUUUGGAAAACUGUUUUGACAGACUUACAUAUGACUUUUUUUUUGCAAAUAAGAACAAAAUUCUUAUUUAUUUUUUUAAUUUUAAGAAACAUUAAAUGAAACAUAUAUCAACAUUUUUAAACAUGUCAGAUUUCAUGAUGUAUUUAACUGAGUAGAAGCAGUAACAGUACAGUCAUAGAACAAAAAUAAAAAAAAAAUCUCUCUAGAGGAUUUAUUUUCUCUAAAAAUCAAAAAUCAGAACAUGGAAUUUUACCCCAAAUUUUGGUAUUUGAGUAUAUAGUGUAUUUUAGACUAUGAAGGACUGUGGUGUGAUGACUUGGUUAUGCAUUUUGAACAGAGCUAAAUCAGUGUGGUAAAUACUAACAUGGAUUGUUAGCAACAUUAAUCUUACAUCUGAAAAAUCAUAUAUCAAAUUUAGCUUAUCUGCAUUUUGGGGUGGUGGGAUGAGGUGAAGGUGGGUUGUGUGAAUUUCAUUUUACAGGGAUCUAUUUUUGUGUGUGUUUAAAUUCCACUUUAUACUCUGCAACCUCUUCAGACACAGGUUCCACCCCUUGCCUCAACCACAUAACACAAUAAGAGGUCUGUUCAUUCUAAAAGGUUUGGCUAAAACUGAAAAUGUAAAUGAUGGAAGUUUAAGAAUGUAAAUGAGAUUUUGGGUGUUUUUUUCUUUUGGGAUCUGAUUAAAAUGGGCUGUGGUUCGAUUUGGCAGGUGUGAACACAGUAAUCACACUUAGGUUGUGGACCAAAAAAAACUCUGCACUGGUUCUGGAAUAUAAUUAAGAGGAAGAUGGAUCGUCACAAGCCAUCAAACCAAGCUGAACUGCUUGAAUUUUGGCACCAGGAGUAAAGGCAUAAAGUAGUGUGUAAGACUGGUGGAGGAGAACAUGCCAAGAUGCAUGAAAACUGUGAUUGAAAACCAGGGUUAUUCCACAAAAUAUUGAUUUCUGAACUUCUUAAAACUUUAUGAAUAUACUCAAACAUAUACCUAUAAAUAGUAAAAUCUGUGAAACUGAUUCAGCAACUGAAGUGCUCUAUUAUUUUUUUCCAGAGCUGUAUGUAUUCCUUGAGUUUGAGCUUAGCAGCUGUUCAGGUGCAGUUUAACCAGCUUAAUUGCCAAGAUAAUUACAAAGUACAGCUAUGAAUUAAUGCCAUCAUGGUCAUUGCUCAAAGCUUAUCUGCACUGAAAUAUGCUCCAGUCUAAAACACAGGACAGACAGCUCAGCAGAGACAAUGUAAAAUGCAAGUGCAACAAAAUGUGUCGCCACAAACAACUGAUUUGAACCAGACACACAAACUACAGGUGUGAAACCACUCUUCAACUUUGGUUUAAGCUAGUUUUAUUUAUUUUUUUCCACCAGUGUAAAAGAGCAACUCUGGAUAAUGUUUAAACAUACUUUUCUCAUUUAUUUUCUGAAGUUCAUACAUGAAAAUGGUUUAAGAGAGAGUCCCCCUCAGUAUGAACACAAAGCAACUUGAUACAGUGAUACACUGAAUAACUGAAGCAUUAAUUUCACCUUCAUCAUAAAUGAGAAAAUGCAAUGAAGCCCUCCCCUCACUUUUCCAUCAGAGUUUAACAAAGAGUGUGGUAUAAAUAUUAAUAGCUAAUAUAGAAUAUCUGCUUAGUAUUGCCUCAGAGGAGCUUGGGGAUUUCAAGGUCGCUCAUUCAAACAGAUUUUUGUAUGUAUUUACUUUCAUUUCUUACUUUUCUUUAUAUGGCUUACUGUCUUUAUUGCGUUUCUUAUGAUAAUUUCACUUUUAGUUUAACAGUAGUUUAACUAUAGCAAACUAUUAACUGUGAUACAAUGUAUGCUGUUUUUACAAUUCUGGAAAAAAAUAAGAGACCACUUUAGUUUCUGGAUUAGUUUCCUUGAUUUUGCUAUACAUAGGUUUAUGUUUGAGUAAAAUGAACAUUGUUGUUUUUAUUCCAUAAACUACGGACAACAUUUCUCCCAAAUUCCAAAUUAAAAUAUUGUCAUUUAGAGCAUUUAUUUGCAGAAAAUGAGAAAUGGCUGAAAUAACAAAAAAAGAUGCACAGCUUUCAGACCUCAAAUAAUGCAAAGAAAACAAGUUCAUAUUCAUAAAGUUUUAAGAGUUCAGAAAUCAAUAUUUGUUGGAAUAGCCCUGGUUUGUAAUCACAGUUUUCAUGCAUCUUGUCAUGUUCUCCUCCACCAAUCUUACACACUGCUUUUGAAUAACUUUGUCACUCCAGGUGCAAAAAUUCAGGCAGUUCAGCUUAAUUUGAUGGCUUGUGAUCAUCCAUCUUCCUCUUGAUUAUAUUUCAGAGGUUUUCAAUUUGGUAAAAUCAUUUUUAGGUGGUCUCCAAUUAUUUUUUUCCAGAUCUGUAUAUAUAAACUCAUGUAUGUUGGAUCAGUAGUUAGCUAUUGUAUAUACACUAUACAGACAAAGAGUAACUGUCUCUACCGUCCAGAGAAGACUUUUUAACUAGAGCAGUGUUCACAGAGCAAUGCUGUGAGGAUCUGAUUGAAUGCAACAUCUAAUAUGUGUGUGUGUGUGAAAUCCUGAGCUCAUACUCUGUAAAUAAAGGUCGCUAUUUAUCAUUGA